AUGACGACCAUUGAACUCGACUGUUUAGUGACAACUGAACCUCAAUCCCUGGAAAAUGGCUCACUAGGCCACCUACUCCCUCUGAUCUUCAAGCCUUUCACACUCAAAGUUCCUCAGGCACACACACUUCGAAUCAAACUCAGUAAAAUUCUUCAUUGCAACACAUGGAUUAACACAAUCUUCAGUCAAAACUCUCUGGAUGAUAUCGUGCCAUUGUAUGAUAGCCAAGCCGGACUUUGGAACUGGGCACUUCCAAUGACACCUCCUCAGUCAUCUAUCAACUCAAAUGAUGCUCUUCCUCAGCCGGGUGUCACCCAUGAAGAGAUAUUCUUGUCAUUCCUCAAUGCUCUUUGUACUGCUAUGGCUGAAGCAGAAGACAAGCUAAUCACGCUACCUGCAACUUGCACAUGGAGUGCAAGCAAUUCCACGGUUGCAGUGUCUGGUAGCGAUAUCAAGCCCAAGCCUGAUCUUGUGCUAUCCGAUGAUAUCAAGCCCAGUCAGUACAAGCCUGCACAGUGGAUUGCAAAGGCUGCAGAUACCCAGGCAUAUCUACUCCUCAGCAAUCAGCCCUGGAGACAUUUCGCACUCGUUCUAUCAUUCACACAUCAAUAUUGUGAACUCAGGGUCUUGUUGUAUGACCAUGCUGGUGGUGUUGUGACCCCUAGCAUCAAAAUCCAGCAGAGUCCAGAUGCAUUCGCCCAAAUUAUUGCUUCUGUUGUCUUUGGCAGCCCAGAAUGUAUUGGGUACGAUUCCACAAUCACCUUCUGGAAAAAUAUUUUGCUUCCCCCACCCCCAGGUACAGAUAUACCUGGUUAUCGCCCAUUCAAGAACCUUCCUGCCCGAGCUACUUGGAGUAUCACCAUUCCUGGUGAACUUGACAGUGAGUCUCUUGCUGCGUUGGAUGAGGAUCCCCAGGAACUGUCCCUUAAUGAUGAGGCUGGGUCAAUACUCCCCCCUGAUAAUGACCUUGAGCCGAUACCCCCCGCUGAUGACACCUCCAACUCAGAGCCAAUGCCCAAGUCCCGCUCCCUCCCCUCCUCCCUCGUGUCUUCUGCUGCAACCCCUUGUAGUCACUAG